CAAAACGAAAACCAAAUAAAAACAAACGAACACCCUAAAACCCUACUUCUUCUUUUUCGACUCGCAUAAUUUUUCCAGCUUUAAGGUUUUCCCACAUCCGCUGCACAAAUGGGAAAAGGAACAGGUAGUUUUGGUAAGAGGAGGAACAAGACACACACACUGUGUGUGAGAUGUGGUCGUCGUAGCUUCCACAUCCAGAAGAGUCGUUGUUCAGCUUGUGCUUAUCCUGCUGCUCGUCUCAGAAAAUAUAACUGGAGCGUCAAGGCACUUAGGAGAAAGACCACUGGAACUGGCCGCAUGAGGUACCUCCGCAAUGUACCACGUAGGUUUAAGACCAACUUCAGAGAAGGAACCGAGGCUGCUCCAAGGAAGAAGGGUGCUGCUGUGGCCUCUUAAGUUUCUAAAGAGGCAGUUCAUCUGUUUCAUUUUAAUUUUUUGCUUUAGAUUCCCUGAUGAAUCAAGUCUUGGAUAUUUGUACCUCGAGUAUUAUCUCUCAUUUGUUAGUGUUGAGUGGUUCCUAUUUAAGACAGAGAUCCAAUGAUGAUUGCCUUUUGUCCUUUAUUUACUAGUUCUUUUACAUUCCUAAGCGUAA